AUGUGCUUUAGUUUGUUUGAUACAGGUUCAAUGGCUCCAGAUAGAGAUGCUCCACCUGAAAACCCACCUGAAAACUCACAAGAAAACUCACAAGGAAGAGUUGCUUCGGAUACAAAUGCUCCACCUGAUACUGAAGCAAAAGAGGGUUCAAUUGUGCUUGCUGGUAUUUCAAGGACAACAUGGAGACCUGGUGUAAUGUAUUACAUCACCUUUGAAGCACAAGAUCCUUUCAAUAGCAAUGCUACAACGUUCCAGGCAGAAGUACAAAAAAAGUUGAAGGGACCACACAAGGUCUACUCAUGCGUCAUUAAAACCUAA